UGCAAAAUGAAGUUAACGUUGCUUUAUCUAGCAUGCUGCAUUGCGGUGGGAAUUGCAGCUCGCGAGAAAGGCUUGUUUCUGAACCUGCGCAAUGGAGACCUUUGCAUUGGAAGCUUUCAGUGCAAGAGUGGCUGCUGUCAAAGAGAGACUGGAUUGAGUCUUGCAAGGUGUGCCAGUAAAGGUGCUGAAGGAAAUGCAUGCUCCACUCAUCUCCUGUAUAAUGUUUAUUACAAAUGUCCUUGUGAAGAUGGUCUGAAAUGUGACGGUGAAAAGUCCAUCAUUGGUUCGAUAACAAACACUAACUUUGGUGUUUGCAAGGACCCGAGCAGCAUUGCUUAAGUUCUCAAGCCAGCCAAAAGGCAAUGAAGUUCAUCUUUACUCCAUCAAUAUA